UUACGCUGUCAUAUUGCCAUUUUUCUAAUCAGUUUCUCACCAGUUUUGUGUUUGUGGUGUGAUACGUGCAAUAUGGAGCAUAUUGUUUUGUUAAGUGAAUAAAUGAGGAUUAAGUGAACAUAUAGGUAUAAACCGUAACAGUAGGACAAUUUUUGUGAAAUCGAAUUGUGUAUUAUGUUUUUUGCUACUUUACAAAUACCAUUGUUAUACCCUGUUUAUCACCAUUGGCGGAUGUCCUUGUAGAUUUUAUGAGAUCUGAAGUGGCGGUAAAUUUAAUUUUUUUAAAUGUUACGAAAAUAAUAUGUAAUACCUAGUUACUCGUAACAGUAAUGAUGGAGAAUCUAGAAGAAAGUGUGAUUAAAAGUGAAAAUAAAAUUGAGAUUAAUAAUAUGGAAAACGAGGCGGGAGACAUUUCUGAUACCGAUGGGCCGGAUACAAGUGAACCAUCUGUUUGCGUAUCGGAGGCACCACUGGUGGACGACGUGAGCUCCGCCAGAGAAAAUGAAGCUCUUGGCCCGGGAGGAUCUAAGAAACCAAAGAAAAAAUCUCGUGGCAAGAAGAGUCAUGUGUCAGCAAAAGAUAAUGUCGACAAGGGUGCUGUAAGAAGAGUUCACUAUCCAGGGCCAAAAUUUAAACAAUGCCGUAAAAGGGCACAAAGCUUUCCUUCUAUUUCAAAGUUUUUUCUUCCAAAUAAAAGACCUCGUAAGGAAGCUUUUAUUCCACCUACGAAAUUUUUACUUGGCGGAAACAUUUCCGAUCCGUUAAACUUAAACAGUCUGCAAGAUGAAGAUAUUAACAGAGCUAUGAAUGCUGUUACUCCAGAAUCAUCACCAUUGCCAACACCACCCAGGCAUAAAGCCAAAAUAGAUGUGAUUAUCCCCCCAAACAUUCGAGAUCCAUUAAAUUUAAUGGAACCUUUGGACAAUGAUGAGUAUGAGAAAAGAUUGGAAAUGCAGCAGAGAAGGCCAAGAAAGAGGGCCAGAAUUAGACGCCGAACCACAGACAAUACAAUACCAUCUGUAGAGUUGACUGAGGAAAAAUUGGAGAAUAUAAAGGAGCCACCUCCACCGGACCCAUCUACAUCAAAGUCCAGGAAAAGGUCAUGCAGUGAUAGUGAUAAUGCUUCUCAGAAGGGAAAAGAAGGAAAAAAAUUAAGGCGCAUGGAUUCAUUGGAUAAAAUAGUGAGCCCAGUAGUGCCCCAACCUGGAGCCUGGAUGCGUGCUCGACCAAACCAGCACCCCGCACAGCCGGAGCGGCGCACUUCUCCGCACCGUACUAAACCUAAAAAUGAUGAUAAAGUGGCUCAAAAUUUGCCAGUGUUUCAUUCAAAGAAUAUGAGAUUUCAGUAUGGGAAUUAUGACAGGUAUUAUGGAUACAGACACUUAAAUGCAAUGAUGGAUAUCAGGCUGCAAGUAUUUGAGAUGCACAGGCAUCUGUUCCAGAAUAAGGAUGUGUUGGACAUUGGAUGUAAUGUUGGUCACAUAUCUAUUGCCGUUGGCCGCACCCUUGGCGCUAGAUCUGUUGUUGGCAUUGACAUAGACCCUCUCCUCAUUGGAAGGGCUAGAAAGAAUUUGAAAGCGUUUAUACCGGUGCCAACGGAAGUGCCGAAAAUCGAAGAAGAGAAGAAACUGGAAGGGGAAGUUGAAGAAGAAAAAAAAGUUGAUUGUGAACAGUGUAAAGGACUGAAGUGUGAUAGUUGUGUUUCCACUGAACAAAAACAGGAUAAGAGUGAAGAAAGCAAAAAGACAUUAUCAGGCAGGAAAAUCAGGAAACCAAGAAAGAAUAGAAAGGCAGUAAAUAAGCAAGAUCAUGGUCAAUGUUUCUUCCCUAUGUCAAUGUCAGUGUUAUUUGGACCACUUGAUAAUACAACAGAAGCUGCUCCACCUGUAUUUCCCUAUAAUAUAACAUUUAAGCAGGGAAACUAUGUACCGCGCGAGGACAUUUUGACUUCAGCAAUAGAGAGUCCCCAGUUCGACUUGAUCCUCUGCCUGUCGACGACGAAGUGGAUGCACCUGAACUGGGGUGACGCCGGUUUAAAGCGGGCCUUCCGGCGCAUGUUCGCCGACCUCCGCCCCGGAGGGAAACUGGUGCUGGAAGCACAAAACUGGGCUAGUUAUAAGAAGAAAAAGCGUUUAACGCCGACAAUAUAUGAAAACUUCAAUUCAAUCGAGAUGUUCCCCCACAAAUUCCGGGAGUACCUAACAUACAGUUGGGGCCCCAAACAAGACAUGUCACGUGUCAUCCGGCAAGCUUUCUCGAAUCGUCUCGCAUUACCAUCACGUGUCCGCUACUACGUGCUCGUAAAAUCAUCUCGAGCAUGUGCUCUCACUCUUGUAAGCCUACAUGAGGCUAUAUUGCCUAAUAUAUAG